AUGAAGAGCUCUAUGUUGUGCGCCCUGAUGGGCAUGGCCACAGUUGGCUAUUGCCGUCCCUCAAAGGAAUAUUUGGAUCCUCUUGAGAAUGCAGGCAGCAACUCUCCAUGGUUUGCCGGCCCUAAUGUGAACCGCAUUAGCAGUGAUGUCCCAGACAAGUGCACCGUUCGUCAGGCUGCUUAUGUUGUUAGACAUGGUAGCAGAUUCCCCGACACCGGUGCAUACAACGACUGGGUUGCGCUUCAUGACAAGAUCCAAGCCGCAGCACAGAAGAAGGGCUUCAAGGCCAAGGGAGCGCUCGAAUUCAUUUCUGAGUGGAAGCCGGUGUUGACCAAUCCUGAAUUGCAAAUUGCACAGGAGUCGAUGACAGGUUGGAAAGAGGCAAGCGACCUUGGUUUCCAAUUGCGGGCUAAAUAUCCCGACUUUUACGAGGACGGCAACCCGUUCUACGUUUGGGCUAAUCAAUACAAAUUCCCAAUCAGUGAAUCACGAGUGGUUCAGACUGCUAGAUCUUUCCUCAGUGGGUACAUGUAUGAGUUUGCUGAUGAAUACGGUACCGUCGUCAGCGUGAACGCCACUGGAUCCGCUGCUGCCAUUGGUAACUCCCUCGGACCUUCAGAUCUCUGCCCUUCAUUCGCUGCUACCAACAGCGGAGGUAACAACGUGACCAACUGGGAUGCUACAUGGCUACCCAAGGCCGUUAAGCGGAUGAACUCCAAGGUUAACAAGGACCUCAAGUUUACCGAGACCGAUGUGCUCUUCUUCCCCUACAUCUGUGCCUACGAGAGCCAGAUCGUCGGCCGCGUCAGCCCUUGGUGUGAUGUUUUCACCCAGGACGAGCUCCGUAACUACGCUUACGAGCAGGACUUGAAUUACUACUACACUGUCGGACCCGGUUCCGAUGGUCCCGCCAAGGUCCUUUUCCUUCCCUUCCUGAAGAGCUUGGUUUCUACUCUCGAGGCCGGUCCCGGUCACAUCGGCGUUGCAGCUGACGGCUCUGAGUUCGAAGUCCCCAAGCUUAUCAUGUCUUUCCUGAACGACAACCAAGUUACUGAGUUGACCGCUGCCAUGGGAGUUUUCGAUGACGAGAAGCCUCUUUCCAGUGAUAGCAUGCCCUCCAAGCACCUAUACCAGGCGGCGCACUUUGUCACCAUGCGAGGCACCGUUGCUUUCGAGGUCAUGGAUUGCACAGACCGCAAAGGCAAGAAGACUACGCCCUACAUCCGUACCUUGCUCAAUGACGCUGUUUAUCCUAUUUCCAAGUGCCAAGACGGCCCUGGAAAUAGUUGCGCUUUAUCUAAAUACAGUGCUCUGAUUGACAAGAAGAUCAAGAAGGCAGGUGAAUUCUCGGAUUACUGCAACGUCACAGACCCGGCUCGCCCCAAGACCGCUGCUGGAGCUAGCUUCUUCCACGAUCUUACUCUGGACUUCUUGACCUUUGUCAAGCCCUGA